CUAUUAAACAAAGCGAGAAGGAUAUAGACAAUAGAGAAUAGGCAAUAGUGGGUUCCGCUUUACGAUUUCCCAAAAGUUAAACGGGAUUAUAUAUAUAUGAGCAGGCAAAUACUUGAAGAAAGAGCACUUAUCUUUAAUAUCAGCUUAAAACACAAUCUUCAUAGGAGAGUCUAGAAAUUUGUGGACAUUAAUAAAAUGAAAGUAUUACUUAUUCUAUGUGUUGUGGUGAUAUAUACUAUACGUGUUACUGAAGGUGCAGCUUGUACUGGUGGAUUCAUAGGGGCCCCUGUCAGGAAGUAUGACUUUAAUUACGCGAGUGACACUGUUACUGGCGCAGCCUUGUCAGGUACAGAGGACAUACAUGGACACGAAGGACUGGAAGUAGUUUUGAACCAUGCGGAGUAUACCGUUAAUUGUGACUGUGGAAUAAUCACAACCUGGAUGUUCUUCGCUUGGCGGCCUGGUACGGUCGUGUUUUACGUGCUGGAAGGAACAAAAGUUAUGGGAACAUCGUCCUUCAAUAUUGGGGAUCAAUCGGAUCAGAACUUCUUUGAGGUACCGCUUUCAAGUGACAUGUGGAUUCCAGUCAAAAAUGGAUAUAAACUUGGAUUUUACACAGCAGGCAACCCUAUGAUCACCUAUCAAACUAUUGGUGGUUACUCAGGUGUUUAUCGUAAAACUGGACAAACCUUAAAAAGCGUUGGAGACGAUGUCGCAGGAUCAGGGUCAGGGUCACCGACAACAGAUCGUAGAUAUGCUGUAGCCGCUUAUAUCAAACCAGCCCAUCCUCCAAUGUUUGUCAACGCCCCCUUUGAGACGACUGUUUAUACGCAUGCUACGGGGACUGUCAUCUACACGGCGUCAGUUUUAGAUCUUGAUGGUACAGAUACACUCACAUAUUCUAAGAAGUCAGACACCGGUAAUUUUGACUUCGAUGAUAAACUACUUACGUUAACAUACGCUUCAGCAUUGAGCGAAAGUACUUACUUAGUAGAGCUGGCUGUGAGCGACGGUUGUAAUGGCGAGGUGACUGGUACAGUAACAAUCAAUCUUGUGAACGAGGGACCGAGAUUUACCAAACUACCAGCUUCUACAACUGUUGUAGAUUCAGAAACAGCGUCCAGGACUCUCUAUACAUUUACCGUAACAGACCCAUCUGGCCCAUCUGGCGAUAGUUUAACAUGUUCGUUAUAUGAUACAAACCCAGAUGGAGGGCCAUUCAGUAUUUCUCAAGGAGAUCCUAAUGUUUAUGUUGAGUAUAACAUUGUACAAUCAGCGUCACCAGGAUAUACCUAUUCGACAAAGAAAUAUUACGAUUUGCGGAUAUCCUGUACAGACGGUGUCACGACUGUGUACUCAAACUUUCAAGUUGACGUUGUCAAAAACGAAGCUCCUACUUUCACUGCAGGAUCAAGCGGUUACGUUCCAGAAUCGAUUUCUGUGGACAGGUCUUAUACUACUACAAUCUAUCAGCUUGCAUAUUCUGAUGCUGAGUCAGACACCGUGUCUUUUUCUCGCAAUUGCGAUGGCAAUAGCCAAUGUCCCUUUACAAUAAGCGGAACAGGUGAGAUAACAACAAAUGAUGUACUACACGAGGAAGGCUACAAUCUGGAUAUCACAAUAAGUGACAAUCAUGGAAAUGCAGAGACACAUUCUUUAUCUGUUGUUACUUCUGGUCGUCCUUAUACGUUUAAUGAAGCACCAAUAUGGAGAAAUCUGCCAGCAACAAAAUACGUGAUGGAAAAAACACCUGCUGGAACAUUUCUGUUUAAAGUGAUCUACACAGACGAAAAUCCGACGGAUACAUUUACAAUGGCAAAAGUUUCUCAUAGUUCAGUUGAUAUUGAUACACACUUUCACUUUGAUCCCACAACUGGAAUUAUAUCAGUAAAAAAGGAACCGGAUUUUGAGAAGCCUUUUACAGGCGGGACAAUGAGUAUUAGUAUUAAUGAUGGGGCACUUACACAGCAUGAAACAAUUACUGGGACAAUCACUUUUGUGAUCGUAAAUGUUAAUGAAGGCAUUACCCUUAACAUUACACACACAGCCCUAAGUGCCGACGAGACAAAUACAAGAGGUACGGCGUUCACUCCGAACCCUGUAAUAUCCGCCACUGAUGAAGAUGCUGGUGAUAACAUGUAUUUUACAAUGGAUUGUGGGGAUGAUUCUAAAUACUUUUACCUGGACACGGCAACAAAUGAGGUGAAGUUUGCUAGAGAAUAUGAUAUGGACUCUGGAUUGUCCGGUACUGCGACUUGUAAUGUAACUGUGCGUGAUGAGGCGGGAAUGUCGGACUCGGGGCUCAUUACAUUGACAAUUAACAAUGUCAAUGACCCAUGUUCCGAAGUUUCCACACCAUAUAUACGUUUUCUUCGUAUCUACAACAACGCCUUUUUUCACGGAAAAUUGCCCGACAUGGCAGCAACUGACUUGGAUAGCGACGCGUUCGGAUCCACAAACGGGGUUCUAACAUACAGUUUCAGUCCUGCAAGCCCCUACGGGCGACUAUUUUCAGGGUCAAAUAACGAUCAUAAAUCUGAAAAAGAAACAGCAGUAAAACAUGGCCAUAUUGCCAUAUAG